AUGGAUAAAUUCUACGUUCACACUGCCCAGAAUAGGCCGGAUCUUUGGAAGGUCCUCGAAGAUCCAACGCAUCCACUCAAUGCUGCCUGGCCACUCUUCCUCGACCAGGACAUUUACUUCCAACACUACUGCAGUCAACUCAACAAGAACAAAGCAUUUGCUUGCUUCCAAUAUGCCAUUGUCAAACUUGGUGACUACGCAGAAGAGCAGAUUAUCGCCUGUGGGCGUUCUAUUCCCUUCUACUGGCCUGAACUAGCCAAAGUCGGGGGAAAAAUGGCUCUCGCCCAACACCCAAAAGUAUUGCAUACUCUCCCGGAUGAAGGUUAUGAUGCCAUUCUCUCCCGAGGGUUCGAACAGCACUUCGCCCGAGAAGGCAUUGCCCCAGAUACAGACAGACCAGCCCCGUUCAACGAUCCCGCCGCAGCCAGAACAGAACAGCCCAACGCACUGUCCGCUAUUUCCAUCACUGUCUCCCCGGAACAUCCCUCUCGGGGCUUAGCAGAAGCGCUCAUCAUGGCCAUGAAACAAACAGUCAUCGAGCGCAACUUUGACGCUAUGGUGGUACCACUACGGCCCACACGAAAAUCAGAAUUCCCCAUGGCUGAUAUGACGGAUUACGUCUUAUGGCGGGCGACGAUAGUUGCAAACCACACUCCUAGCAUGACAGUGAGAAAGCCAGACCCCAGCCUCCCGUUUGAUCCGUGGCUGCGGAAGCAUGCUCGGCUGGGGGGCAAGGUGAUCAAGGUGGCAAGGAGGAGUAUGCGUGUUGAGGGUCGUGUGGAAGAGUGGCAACAGUGGACAGGGGUCAAUAUCCCUCAGACUGCACGACAGCAAGGUGGGUCUCUCAAACAGGAAGCAGGAUCAGGUAAGGCAUAUGUCGAAGUUGCGGUUCCGAGAGGCCUGGUACCCUUGCGGUAUUACGUGGAUGAACAGCGCUGUGUCUACAUCGAGCCGAAUUUCAGCUGCUGUGGGGCGGGAUCGUAG